CUAAAUAGGGCAUUUAUGAAAAGAAACAGACUAAUUAACUUCUCCAUUUAAAACGAGCGAACUUGGUAUGUGGACAUCAUACCAGAUUGAGACCAAACUUUUGAAGAUCAGCUGUUUGUUUUUCGUACUCUUCUCCUCACAUGAGGUUUAAUAAUGGAAGUGCUACUCUGAUCAAGUUGUCAAAAGUAGGAGAUAUUGGUUGGUUAAACGUAUCAAUUCUCUCAAAUCUUGAGCAUCAAGUGAGAAUCCAAGUGCCUAAAAAAGUAGGUAUUAGAUUAGCUUACAGUACGGCAAUCAAUUUUCUAAGUGUGAGCUUUGUGUUGGGAAUCUCUAGUGCAGUUCAACAUCAUUAGUUGGAGUGUCUUUUGCUCUCUUCUAUCUUUGUCUUUACACCUAAGGAUUAAAAAAACGUUAUUUUCAUUAAGAUAUGAAGGCACUGUCAAAAAUAGUCAUUCUGAACGCUAAAGUCAAGCAGUAAAGGGCAAUUAACUCUUUAUAUAGUUUGCUGGCUCAUAAACCAACCAGAAAAUCUUGCUUCUCCAACAUGGGUGUCUUUUAUCAAGAAGACCCACCAAAUCCUUCCAGGAAAUGCUUUCUAGCAGGUGUUUUGAAGGAUGCAUUCUGCAACUGCCAUACUUUUAGAAAACCACUACCGAAGUUUAACGAUGAGGACGAAUAUCCUACAAGUGACUUUGAUGAUACAGAGGAAGAAAUUGUAUCAGAAAUCAGAACUCGAGCAAUGGAAAAGUUGAAACGAAAGGCUAACCUGUCAGACAGCUUCUCCUGGGUUUUCUCACCUGCAACCAAAGAAUUAUAUAUUACUUCAAUGGAGAUUGAGAAGAUGGAUGAAUCUGGAAAUGAAGAUAACAUGGGAGAUGAAUUCUACUCUGUUCAGAGUUUUCUCACGUGUUGCUCAACUGCAGCAACAAAUGAAGCCUUCUUUUCUGUGGAGGCCAACUUUUCCCGAUGUUCAAGCUUAAAUGGUCUUAAUUUUCUAGAUGAAGAUCUCAAGAGGCGCACCAUCUUGCAGGAAGUUUUUCAUUGUGAAGGAUGGCCAUUCGGUCUUUGCAGGAAGGCAGUCUUACUUCCACCACUGCCCAAGUCGCCAUCUGAAUCUUGGUCAUGGAGUAAAGGCACCAAAAUUGUAAAGACAUAUUGAUGUCCAAAUUUGGAGCCAAGCUCUGUUUUUGUACUUUCUUGGUAACAAAAUUCAUCAAGUUAUUUGAUCUGAUUAAUUCCAA